AUGAAGAGGAAGCCAAGCACUAUGCUGCGUCCCAAACGUGGGAGUGUGGCCAGUGCCAGGGAUGACUGUCCUCCAGACACAUCUUCUGCUCUUAGAUCUGAUGUCCCAGUAAACUUAGAAACUGUCCAAGGGUCUCCUUCACAUUUCAGACGUCUGACCAUGUCGCAGCACAGUCAUAACCUCCUCGUGUUUCUGAACGAAGACCGAUCUCGGCAGAAGUUCUGUGAUGUGACUGUGUUGGUGGGAGGGAAGGUUUACCGUGCCCACAAGGCAGUGUUGGCUCAUGGUAGCAGCUACUUCCAUGCUGAGCUAUCCAAGAGUCCUGCUACUACAACUCAUGUGACUCUGGAUCACGUGGAGGAUUCAGUUUUCCAACAUCUGCUUGGCUUUCUAUACACAGCGGAGUGUGUUGUCUCAGAGACAGAACUCCCAGCACUUUCUGAAGCAGCCAGAUUCUUAGACAUGAUGGAUAUUUUAAAAUUAUUAUGUGAGGACAAGGAAGCCAGCCCUGACAAAGCUGAGAAGAGGGGACCUCCACAGACAGAAGUUACUUCUAUUGAGUCUACAGGGGCUGAUAGAGAGACCCAGAGUUCAUCUGGUGCUAAGUACAACCUGUUCACCUCUCAGUUUACGACCAAACUCUCCCAUCAAGACAGUUCCACUGAGAUUACUGAUCUACAGGAGGAAGCUUCCACUGAAGGGGUAAAGACUAUGAUGGAUCAGAGGAGUUCUAGCACCCGGAGAUCAGCUCGGAGAAGAACACAACCUAAAUAUAAGAGGGAUUCUUUAAAGUACUAUCUCACCACCCAGGAACAGGAAAGAUUUUCAUCACCGCAAGAUAAAAACAAAAAAGAUGAAGCUACAGAUGGGAAUGAGACCUUCAGACCAGCUCAGGGGGAUGAUGCGAUGGAUGAAGAUGGUGGGGAAGAUGAGCGAGGAGAUAUUGGCGCAGAUGGUGGUGCUCUAAAUAAAGCUUCUGAGGCUUCAGGAGCAGACAAGAGCUCAGGUAAGAAAGAUUCACUGUCUGAAAUGACAGAGCAAGAGCUGGAUGUUCAUGUACCAGCAGCAAGAAGCUCCAACCAGUGUCCAGUGUACCCCGAGGGUCUGGCUCCAGUCAUCAUCCACACCUCCAGCAAGAAGACUCUCAAGUGUCCCAAAUGUGAAAAGACCUUUGACCGUGCAGGUAAAUAUGAGAGCCACACCAGAGUCCACACAGGAGAGAAACCAUUCCAGUGUGACAUCUGUCUUCAGUUCUACUCCACCAAGUCCAAUUUGACUGUGCACAAGAAGAAGCAUGCCAGUGAUGCACCCUUCCAGAAGAAAGAGCACAAAUGUCCCUUCUGUAACAAGCUCCACGCCAGCAAAAAAACACUGGCCAAGCAUGUCAAAAGGUUUCACCCAGAUCACACCCAAGAGUUUUUGGCAACAAGAAGAAAGAAGAGCGAAGGCUGGAAGUGUGCGAUUUGUUCGAAGACGUUCAGCCGCAGGCCUCACCUGCAGGAGCACAUGAUCCUUCACACUCAGGACCGGCCCUUUAAAUGCUCCUUCUGUGAUGAAUACUUCAGGUCCAGGUUUGCAAGACUCAAACACCAGGAAAAGUAUCACUUAGGCCCUUUCCCCUGUGAGAUUUGUGGACGCCAGUUUAAUGACACAGGCAACAGAAAGAGGCACAUUGAGUGCACGCAUGGAGGCAAAAGAAAAUGGACCUGCUUUGUUUGUGGGAAAUCAGUAAGAGAAAGGACGACAUUAAGGGAGCACCUGAGGAUCCACAGUGGAGAGAAGCCUCAUCUCUGCAGCAUUUGUGGUCAAAGUUUUCGUCACAGCAGCUCUUACAGGCUCCACCUCAGAGUCCACCAUGAUGACAAGCGUUAUGAGUGCGAUGAAUGUGGAAAAACCUUCAUACGUCACGACCACCUAACCAAACAUCAGAAGAUACACUCUGGUGAGAAGGCUCAUCAGUGUGAAGAAUGUGGGAAGUGCUUCAGGCGCCAUGAUCACCUGACAGUUCAUUACAAAAGUGUUCAUUUGGGAGAAAAAGUUUGGCAGAAGUAUAAGACUGCUGUGCAUCAGUGUGAGGUUUGCAAGAAAGAAUUUAAAGGAAAGUCCAGUUUGGAAAUGCACUUCAGGACUCACUCAGGUGAGAAACCCCACAAAUGCCCAGAGUGCCAUCAGACGUUUCGAAUCAAGAAGACCCUAACAAAGCAUAUGGUGAUUCACUCGGACGCUCGGCCUUUUAGCUGUCCGCACUGCAACGCCACCUUUAAGAGAAAAGACAAACUCAAGUACCACGUGGAUCAUGUGCACAGCGCUCGGUUUACUGAGCCACCCCUCGUCGAGGACAAAGUAGUCCCCAUUCCUUUUGAGGAAAACACAAAGACAUUCACCACAGAAACUAAAUCAGCCCCACAGAGCACUUCUGACCCAACCAACAUCUGUGUACCCGUCACUUUAGUCCCCGUCCCCAUGGCAGGAGGAGCACAAGGGAACUUGCACUCCCACAGGACAGUGUCUCACUCCUCGCAGACUCACAAUAUUGUUAACAUUCAAACUCAAGGACAUUCAAACUCUGGAUAUCAAGCUGCAACAGAUCUGGCUUUCUUAGAGAAGUACACCCUGACCCCUCAGCCUGCUAACAUCGUCCACCCUGUGAGGUCUGACCAGAUCCUGGACCCUCGAGAACAAUCUUACCUGGGUACACUGCUGGGCCUGGACUCUACUUCCUCUGUCCAAACCAUCUCCAGCACUGAUCACACUCACUGAUGAUUGACUUUAAAAAUAGAUUUAGUAACCUAACCCCCCAUCCCCCCUAUAAAUAAAUAAAAUACUGCAAUUAUAAAAAAAAAAAAAAAAAAAAAAAAAUCACAGCCAGUGACUAAACAUGACUGGUUGAAUGGAUCUUCUAACUUCCAAAA